UCUUGAAGCACACUGCACUCUCUUGCAAAAUGGAUCUCCAGUUGCUUUCCUUUCUGCUCAUAGGCACCUGGCUAGGUUUAGGCUGCUGUGAGAACAACUGCAGUUAUGUUGAACUAAUGAAGGCUAUAAACGAUAACUUCCCCUCUACACAUGUACGCCCAGCAAUGAUUUGGACCAAUCGAACUGUCGUGCAUUUGGAUCUGACCUUGUACAGCAUUGUAGAUCUGGAUAUGCAAAAGCAGAUACUCACUACUUAUAUCUGGUUCUCAAUGUCAUGGCAAAAUGACUUUGUAAAAUGGGAUCCAAAGACCUACUGUGACAUUCAAAACGUGGUAGUUCCUGAUACAUUAGUUUGGAAACCAGACCUUUACAUCUAUGAAAUGGUAGAGGAUGAAGACAAAUCUCCAAAAAUCAACUACCUCAAAAUUAAAUACGACGGAACUGUCACUAAUUCCAAACCUCUUCGGAUAGUCGGUUCUUGUAGCAUGCAAAACUACAAGUUUCCUUUUGAUGAGCAGAUCUGUAAUAUCUCGUUUGGUUCUUAUGUAUAUAAUGACUAUCAAAUAUAUAUGACAAACAAAACAAAUUCUUCAGUAGUAACAAGCAAUUCAAAAGUGAUCUUUAGUUCGAAAGGAGAUUGGUCUCUGGCAAACAUCAAAGUCGGAAAUAAUCCACUUGGGAACUUUAGCCGUGUGACUUUUGAGAUCCAUAUAAUAAGAAACCCAAUAAUUUACGUCUUUAACCUCAUCAUUCCAGCCUGCCUUCUGGUAAUACUGGACAUUGCCAGCAUGUUUAUGGAGUUGGAAACCGAGGGAAGGCUCACCUUCAAAGUAACCAUUGUACUGGGGUUCUCAGUGCUUCUGCUAAUCUUAAGCGGCAUCCUUCCUAAUUCUGACACCCCACCAAUGUUAGGUAUAUUCUUCUGUGUAUGUAUGAUAAUGAUGGUGCUCAGCAUAGGUGGGUCCAUUUGCACAGCAUCUAUGGCAGCAAAGUGUGCCACACAGACCAGUGUCUCACCAUGGAUGAGAAAGUGGAUUCUUAGAUAUCUGGCUUGCGUCCUAUGUUAUAAAACAAAGUUCAUCAAAGAACAUCUUGUCACAGUGGUUGCCAAUAUCCAUACUUGCGAGCUUGACCAGAAGCUAACAAAAAAUCUGGAACUACAGGAGAACAGGAACAAUCUCAAAGAUGAUGAUGAUCCGAUAACCACAGCAGUGCAGAUUUUAAAUAAGAUGCUAGUAGGGAUUAGAAAGAUCCACCAAGAGAUAGUUGUAUCAAAGCACAAAGAUCAUUCCAGCUCAGAGUGGUAUAUAGCAGCAAUGGUGGUGGACAGGUUGUUUCUGAUCAUUUACCUUAUCAUAGUUGUCAUCACAGUUGGUCUUGUGAUCAAUGCUUGGAUCUCGUAACCUUUAUAAUAUAUGUGGAUAUUUUACAAUACAAAGAAAGGGGAAAAUGACUUUCUGUUCAGUAGCUGUAGAAAUGUAUUUAAUACAGUUUGUUCUAAAUUAAAUUUACGUGGACAUAAAUGUCACUCAAAUGACAAAUACAUUGUGAUAGUUUGAUGCUUGUUAUGAGAAUUCUUUGGAGCAAAUGUGAUAUAGAAAUGUUGUCCCUUUUCCUCUUCUUUUCCUUAAGAGCAUCUGCAGUGCUACAGCCAACAACUUUUUAGUGUUUUUUUUUUCUCCAUUUAGCCAGAAGAGCCUGAGUUAGCCUGGGUGAUCAGGCCUCAUUCAUAGUCACUGUCCAAUUCAUAAUUCAUCACAAGAGCGCUGAUUGGAGUGAAGUCAGUGCUCUGUCCAGGCCAUUCAGGGUCAUCCACUUAUAUCUUAGCAAACUCAUUAUGUAUUGACCUUGUUUAAUUCAUUAGAUACAUCUUAAAGGAAAAGGAAAGCUACAGAGGGAUUUUAUUAACAAUAGAUUAAGCUUCAAUAGUGCAAAACUAGAAUGCUAUAUUUAUUUGUUUUUGUUAUUAUUAUGCUUUACCAUACCUGAGUAAAAUGCUCUAGAAGCUCUGUUUGUUUAGGAUAGCAGCUGCAGUAUUAGUUUAUCACUUCCUGCCUGAGUCUCUCCCUGCUCACUUGUAGCUCUGGGCUCAGAUUACAGCAGAGAAGGGAGGGGGAGGGGCAAGAAGGUUUAAGAUGAAGGCAGGAAGUCUGAUACAGAAGCCCAUGUGUACACAAUAGAAGGAAAGAAAUGCAGUGUUUCUUUUGUCAGAGGACUCAGAGCAGCACUACUUUGAUGGUUUACUGAUAUAUUUAGGUGGACCUUUCUGAUAAGGCUUACUUAGUUUUAACAUUUCCUUCUCCUUUAAAGCAGUACAGCAAUACUUAACUGAGCUCUCAUUUAAAUAGUAAAUGUCAAAGAAAGAGAUGCUUCAGUUGUUAGUUACAACAUGACAUUUAUCUAAGUAUGGUUAGUAUAGUCAUUAUACACCUGGGGCAGAUUUUAAAGUAUUCAAGACUGCAUUUUUCCAUGAUUUAGAGGAAAAAAUGCUACAAAAAUACUCUGUCAUGAAUAUACUUGAAAACAUCUUUUGAAAAGUCAAAUAGACGAGCUUUAUUAAAGGGAAAGAAUUCAAAAACUUGCAUGAAAAAACUUGUAAAUCGUAAAAUCUGGAGACUCUAAUGAAAACGGUGUCGGUUUAUAAUGUCAAGAUUUUCAGUUUAAUUGAACAUUAAUUGAAAAAUGUGAUUUUCAUUUGUGUGUGAGUAUUAUUCCAUUACCAUACACAAUUGUGACUAUUCUGUGAGUUUUGUCUUAAAUAUAACAAUGCUCAUGAAUAAAAAAAAUCUGAUUGUGUUUU